AUGACUCGAAUAAACCAUGCUGCUACGUAUUACAUGCCUUUACUAUGUUCCAAUAAACCCUACGUUCGUAUAUCCACAGUAACCCUCUGUUUCCUGAUCUAUGUAAUUUUCUAUUUGUUUUCAAAAUUGCUUGCCUCAGAAUACAGAGAUGAGCCACAGAUGUUCAAACCAGAUGCUCAGGACUAUUUUAGAACCAUACUAUUGGGAGUCUUUUCGCCUUACGUUUUCAUAUUCUUUAAAAGAUUCAUAAUAAAUAUCAAAGGCAGUUACAUUUUGAGUAAUCUCUUUCUCGAUUUCUUCAUAAAUGAUUGGUUUCUAUUCUGCAUAUUGAUUGGUUUAGCAUACCCUCAGGUCCAAAAUACAAUUGACCCUUCUUUUAAUCAUCACCUCGAUCACAAUUCCUCCGUUUGGCAAAUUAUACCGAGACAAUCAUUCUUAUUUGGUAUUGCAUGGUCAUUAGGGGAAUUUUCCAUCUCAAUAAUGUCUAAUCUUUCAACUUUCCUAGAGAUCCCAUCAAAUUCCUCUCGUAUUUCAGUCACUGAUCAUAAUAAUACAAAUCAUAGCCCAAAUUCCAUCAAUAGACAAAAUAUUACACUGUCGAAAUGUGUAGGGGUACGAAGAGUCUCAUCUUCAAUUUCAUCAAAUGUUUACUCAUCAGAUUUAACAAAAUAUCAUUCUAAAUAUGGCAGUAUUGAUGAUUUAAGAAAUGAAACGACAACAACCAAGACAAAUGAAGAGGGUAAAAUAUUGAUAGUGGAUCCGUCAGAUAAUUCCUUAAGGUUGACAUCAUCUAUCCUCGAGGCUAAUAACAUCAAACAGCCCCAAAGGGAUCCUAUUCUGUACAAGGAUAAGGGUUUUGUUUGGAUCCAAUAUGAUGAGAAUAAUACUUCAUUGAGAAGAUUUUAUGAAGCUACAUCAGCAAGAGAUCUUUUAGUACAUUAUCUCUUUGUACUUUUCAUUCUAGUGAGUAACAUAAUGCUGCUGGUAGGAGAAUCUUUAAUACUUUCAAUGUAUUUCAUCUAUGUUCCAAAACAUGACGUGUUAUUCACUAAACCUGUCAACUAUUUUGGCACAAGAACAAUUACUUAUUACUUACUGUGUGUUGUAGUACCUUUCACGACAAUAAAUUGUCUGGUAAAUAUAAUUGCCUUAUUCUGGAAUGACAUUGAUGAAUGGUACAAUGGACAUCUAACUACGACAAGUCUCUAUCAAAAUAAUUUUUUACAAAAAUAUUUCAGUUGCUAUACAGAUAUCAACAAACUCCAACAGUUUAGAAAGCCUAAUGAAGUAACAGGCCCUACACAACCUCCAUUUCCUUAUACAAUUCCUGAUUCACCUAUCUUUCUUAAUGAUUCUCUUAUCUACUACGAUAGGGUGAACACUACAUCAAUUGUAACACCGACCAAAUGGACCCUUAAAGCAUUCCUAAGAUAUAUUACUGAUCUUUGGAAGGAUCUAUCAGGGAAUGAUGCAUUUAUCAUACUUUCGACGUUCUUUUGGAGUUUGCUCGUCCUUAUUACGGGCAUACUCUGUAGCAUUAUCGUGUAA